AUGUCUGUAAUCUACCCUGUAGUUGCAGCUGGUUCGAAUAGAUGUGAAGCCCUCAAAAGUUUCUUUGGCCUUACUUACGAGCAAAUGCAAGAGAAAAACAGAACUAAUUUCCAUGAAGCAGUUAACAUUGAUCUUAUUACCGCGAAUGGUAACAUCAAGUUUAACUUGACAACUUCGAAGCGUAUCCAGCGUGUGAUAUCAAAGGCUGGGACUGUCGUGAUAUUGAUCCAUGGUUUUAUGGAGAGUUCAGAAGGAUGGAUGGUACAUGGUGUAGCUCCUGAAUUGUUAAAGAGAUCUGAUAUGAAGGUGUUUGCCCUGGACGGGAGAAAGAUCAUAAAUUUGGAAUAUUUCAGAUCAUCCACUUACGUCAGAUUCAUUGGCGAACUACUUGGCACUUUUUUAGGAGAUGUUAUUAAGAAUGGACAAGAUCCCUCAAAGAUCUACAUCGUAGGUCACAGUCUUGGUUCCCACAUUGCUGGCGUGGCUGGCAAAAAGGUGCGAGAAUUGACUGGGCAACUUGUAGGCAGAAUAACAGCACUGGAUCCAGCAGGACCCUGUUUCAGCAACGUUAGCGCUAGUGGAAGACUAAAUAGAACUGAUGCUGAAUAUGUUGAUGUUAUACACAGUAAUGCUGGAAUGCUGGGCAUUAAAGAGCCUGUAGGUCACAAAGACUUUUAUCCUAAUGGAGGUUCAUCACAGACAGGAUGUUACAUCUCCAUAUGUGAUCAUAGCAGAGCUUGGGAGUACUUCGCGGAAAGUAUUAGUUCACCAAAAAACUUUCCAGCACGGAAAUGCGAGAACUGGACACUAUUCGGUCAGAGUGCUUGCUCGAAGAAUGAGAUAUCAUAUAUGGGUAUUGAAUCUGACACUGGCAGUCCUGGUUUAUACUUCCUUAGUACGAAAAGUUCAUCUCCGUAUGGUAUGGGUUCUGCAGGCAGUGGAUAA